AAUCAACAACCGGUGCAGCAAACGAGUGUGGUGACGCGGUUAUGUACGCAAAACAAUCGCGGCGAAUGCGGAAAACGUCUUAAAACAUGUAAGGAGCCGUUAUUGUGAGUGCCGUUACCGUCAAAUUUUCCGUUUCUUUUUGUUCCUCAAUCAGCAGUGAAAAGCAAAACGUCGACACGAUCCGCCGUUGUCGUCACGAAUCGGUAUUUAUCGUCGGUGACGUACGGUUUUUUGGCGUACCGAGGGCAAGCACGAAUCGACGCGCGACGAUGAGCGCGAACAACGUGCAAGCACUCUUCGCGUGUUCCAGAUGUUUUUCGAGGCAUCCGUUUGAGGAACUUUCCCCGGGACAGCAAUUGUGCAAGGAGUGCAGAGGUGCAUAUCCAGUGGUGAAAUGUACAUAUUGUAGGUCAGAAUUUCAACAAACAAUAAAGGGUAAUACAAGCACUAUAUGUAAAAAAUGUGAGCAAAAUGUGAAAUCUUAUGGUAAACCAUCGGCCUGUGAAUAUUGCAAUACCAUAGCUGCAUUUAUUGGCAGCAAAUGUCAACGGUGUACCAAUUCUGAGAAACGUUAUGGACCACCGGUUACUUGUGAACAAUGCAAACAAAAGUGUGCCUUUGACAGACAAGAUGAAGAUAAGAAGGUUGAUGGAAAAUUGUUAUGUUGGCUGUGUACAUUGUCUUACAAACGAGCAUUGGCGAAAACAAAACAGUCGGAUGCAGAAAGGAGGGCACAUUUGAAACUGGCACAACAGCGGGCAGCAAAGCACAAAGAACAAAAAAUGAAAGGUCAUAAUAAGAGACCACAUAGAGUAGACGUAACGAAGUUACCGCCUCAGUCAGAGAUUGUCGACACAAAUGGCCCUACGCCGGUGAAAGCAGCGAGAAUGGUAGGUGUACACGAUCCACACGAUCCAAACAGUUCGGAUCAUGUGGUCGCAGUGACGCAACUAAAAGAGAAAAUAGCCCUUCUUCAGAAGCAAAUCUCUAUUAAGGAUGGACAAUUACUUGCUAAGGAUAGACAGAUUACUGAUCUGAAAGCAAAAAAUUUCACGUCAGAAACGGAAUUACGAAACAAGAUGAAGGCAACAGAGAAGGAAUACGACACCAAAAUAUCGACCAUGCAACACAAGAUCUCUAGUUUAUUGAAAGAAGUUGCCUCCCUAUCGAAGAGUUCCAAACGUGGUGACAGAGUGGCUGCAACGAAAACGGAAGCCGGGACCAACAGCGGAAGCGGCACAGACAGUCCUGUACCUUGAUAAGGGACUUGGUUAGCUGUGACAACGUACUCGAAUGUCCAUACCCGCAUAAAUCAUGUGGUUCCAUUACGUAUAGCUAAUUGUUUCCAUUAACAAGGCAAAAUCUGUAUUAUUUUUCUAAUUAAUAUAGGAAUAUGUAUAUGAUCCUCGGCGCGUGUGCACGGAAAAUUUUACGCAUACUUCUUACA